GUCUGUGACGUUAAGUAAUCCGUAUCAAAAAUGUAUCUUUAUUAUUCAUUUCUAAGUUGGUCGCGAGAGCGGUGUUUUCAGAAUGUUGUGUUCAAACGUGCUAGACUAAGAAUUUGGCCCCAAUUAGUCCUAAAUAUCGGUUGUUCAAACUUUGAUUGAGUUCGGCUCUGACGAAACAGUUAACCGUUUAUCUUAUCGUACCUAAAUGAGGAAUUCCGAUAAUGAGCGCACUCCACUCAUCGCUGUUAUUCCAGCGACAGCCCCAUCAGUGUCUUCGGGGUCACGACCUUACGGUGCAGCUUCACACCCGGAUCCGGAUUCGCGCGGAACAACAAGCGACUUCGUGGUGAAUCACUUGAGCGGUGAAUCCGGCCGGAAGCUUCCACAAUACAUCGCCGGGUUGGCUGUGUCCGCUGGCGCCCUGGCCACUGGUACCUUCCUCGGAUGGACCUCACAGGUGGAGAUUCCGUUGGUGCAAAACAAGGAGUAUGGGUUCCCGAUCAGUGACGAAGAGUUUUCCUGGAUCGGAUCGAUGGCCAAUCUGGGCGCAGCGUUGAUGUGCUUGUUGAUUGGUGUUCUGAUGAAGAUGAUCGGUCGGAAGCGGGCCAUUCUGGCCAUGGCUCUGCCAUUGCUACUCGGCUGGUCGUUGAUCAUCUUCGCGAAAAACGUGGCCAUGCUGAUGGUUGGGCGAUUCUUCGUCGGUAUCGGAAGCGGUGCAUUCUGUAUCGCUGCGCCUACUUAUACGGCUGAGAUCGCACAGCCUUUGAUUCGUGGAUCGCUGGGAACUUUAUACCAGUUGCUGGUCACGAUCGGUAUACUGUUUGUCUACGGAAUCGGUGACGCGGUAAACGUACAAAUGCUGAGCAUAAUCUGUGGCGCUGUGGUUCCGCUUGUGUUCGUAUUUAUAUGCUUUAUGCCGGAAAGUCCUCAGUAUUUCAUCGAACAGAAUCGUGAUUACGAUGCUUCAAGGUCGCUAAUGUGGCUGCGCGGAAGGCGCUACGAUGAGUGGGCCGAGAUCAGUGAACUCAGAGCGGAAGAGGCCAACAUUCGCGAGAAAAUUAAAACCUUCUUCCAAGCUUUCAAGCAGCGUGCUACCAUGCGGACGUUGAUCAUCUCCCUGGGGUUGAUGUUCUUCCAGCAGCUGUCUGGUAUAAACACCGUCAUCUUCUACACGACAUAUAUCUUCAAUGAUACCAAUAGUGGAGUGCUGGUGGCCACUCCUGUCACUACUGUCAUCGUCGGAGCUAUCCAGGUCGUCGUAAUGUUGCUCACUAUCUCCAUCGUCGACAAGGUCGGCCGUCGAAUCCUACUGAUGAUCUCUGCCAUCUUCAUGGCUGUCUCCACCAUCCUCCUCGCGGUGUACUUCCAGCUACAAGAAGACGAUUCCACCCAAGUGAAGAACCUCGGCUGGCUGCCGGUCCUGGCAGUAUGCCUCUUCAUCGCUAUGUUCUCAAUCGGUUAUGGCCCUAUUCCAUGGCUUAUGGUCGGUGAAUUGUGCGCCAGCAACGUCAAGGCCUACGUCAGUCCACUGGCCGGAGCGUUCAACUGGCUGCUCGCUUCCCUUGUAACGAAGUUUUUCAUCGACGUUCUGGAUGACCUCGGCAUUGCCGGAGUGUUCUGGUUGUUCUCCGGCCUAUCGCUCCUCGGCACCGUAUUUGUGUUCUUCAUGGUUCCGGAAACCAAGGGUAUCACCUUGGUGGAAAUCCAGCAGAUUCUUUCCGGCGGAAGGAUGCGACGUCCCAGUGACCAAAGCAAUUCAACGAUAGAGGACAACGAUUGAUCCGACAGCCGUUAAGAAGUGCGAGAAACAUAUACAAAAUGCUUGUGGGUAGUUUUAAUAGUAGGUUUGUUUUAUUGAAAAUACUCAUUGUGUUUGAGGCCACUUUAGAUACUAGACAAACAACUUUAAUAAAAAUGGAAGGACUUCAAAAGCAAUAAUUUUACAACGACUUUUUUUUUUAAGAAAGCUCCCAGAAAUUAGUAAAGCAGCUCGAUGAAUUAUUCAAAUGGCUCGGAACUACAAAAGACGUGGCGCGUGCACUCGAAGAGUGACUAGAAGUCUGCUGCAACCGCUUUCCGGAAACAAAGAGAAUGGUGAGUCUGCCUGAGAAUCUUGCAAAAAGAAUAGCAGUAUACUGUAUGGUGUUCUCCUUGAAACGCGUGCUCGCAGUCUUUAACUGCAGUCAGUUUGAGUGUGAUAUACUCUUAUUCGCUUGGACUCAAUGAAUUGACAGUAAUCAUUUACUAAUCGAUAUCGAAAACAGGACAGUUCAGGGAAAGAUAUGUUGAAAGUAACCACCGUAUUCAAACUUGCACCCACCUUAUUCUGCUCCAAUGAGCGUAUUGAUGGUUUGACCCUACUCAUAUCUACUGCUUUGUUAAAAACACAAAUCAAAACAAAUGUAAAAAGAGCGAAUACGUUUAUUAAAUAAAUU